CUCCAAUCUUACGGGUACUUUACUAAUCCUUCAACAGUUCAACCUGCUCGUUUCAGAAUUAGAACAAAGCUCGCUGCGGAAGUUCUUCAUCUAAUCACCAUUGCAUUCAUUUGAGACUCAAUAUACUGAGAGUUAUCUGAACUUGCAUGUUUAGGAAGAAGAAAAGCUCUGUGAAUUCUAAAAAUGGCGAAUAGCUAUGCAAGAGUGAAUGCGCCGUUGUCAAGAUUCGGAGUAUUGGUGGCCCAGUUGGAAUCCAUAGUCGCCUCUGCAGUUCACAAGCCUCCCGACCCUCUCCUCUGCUUUGAUCUCCUCUCGGAUCUCAUCUCCGCCAUUAAUGAAGAGCCUAAGGAAUCCAUACUGCUGUGCCAGAGGAAAUGCGAAGAUGCUAUUUAUUCUCUACUUGUGCUUGGUGCAAAAAAGCCUGUACGACACUUGGCAUCUGUGGUUAUGGCGAGGGUCAUACAAAAGGGUGAUGCCAUUUCGAUAUAUUCCAGAGCUAGCAGCUUGCAGGGAUUUCUCUCAGAUGGAAAGAAGAGCGAGCCUCACCCAGUUGCUGGUGCUGCUGAGUGCUUGGGUGAAUUGUAUUACUACUUUGGGAGAAGAAUUACUUCUGGAUUACUAGAAACAACAAGAAUUGUCACAAAGAUGUUGAAGUUUAAUGAGGAUUUUGUGAGACAUGAAGGUCUACACAUGCUUCAAAAGGCUUUGGAAGGAUCAGGUGGCAGUGCUGCAUCGACAGCAUAUAUAGAGGCAUUCCGAAUCAUAAUGCGAACAGGGGUUGUAGACAAAUCAGUUAAUGUUAGAAUUGCUGGGGCUAGAUGUCUGAAGGCAUUUGCUAACAUUGGUGGACCUGGAUUAGGGACUGGAGAACUUGAGAGCGCAUCAUCUUAUUGUGCUAAGGUGCUUGAGGACCCGGCACCAUCCGUUAGAGAUGCCUUUGCUGAAGCCUUAGGAGCACUGCUUGCUCUUGGAAUGAAUCGUGAUGCACAGGUGAAUCCAAGGGGAAAGGUUCAUGUUACACCCAAAAAAAUCCAAGGAGGUCUAGACAAGCAUUUGGUUUUACCCUUUAUAAAAGCAAGUGGACCUCGUUCAAAGUAUUUGCGGGUCGGCCUUACCUUAUCAUGGGUGUCAUUUUUACAGGCCAUUCGUUUGAAGUACUCUCUUCCUGAUAGCGAGCUUGAUAAGUUUGCCAUCCAAGUUAUGGGCAUGCUUUGCGUAGACAAUUCUUGGGACACUCAAGCACUGGCAUGCGUCCUUUACAUUCUUCGAGUUGGUUUAACGGAUCAAAUGAGUGAAGCUACUCAAAGUGGCUUUUUGGUUGUUUUGAGCAAGCAGCUUCAAUCUCCCGACACGACUUCUUCAAUGCGAGUUGCUGCUUUACGCACCCUGUCUUAUGCUUUGAAAACACUGGGCGAGGUGCCUGCUGAAUUCAAGGAAGUUCUUGAUAACACUGUUGUUGCAGAAGUUUCUAAUAUGUCACCACAAGUACGUGUUGAGGCUGCUUUAACAUUGCGUGCACUCGCUGAGGUUGACCCUACAUGUAUAAGUGGUUUGGUUUCUUAUGCAGUAACAAUGCUUAGUGCGCUCCGAGAAAAUAUUGCGUUUGAGAAGGGUACUAAUUUAAAAGCUGAACUAGACUGCCUGAAUGGGCAAGCUGCAGUUUUGGCGGCAUUGGUUUCUGUUUCUCCUAAAUCACCUCUUGGCUAUCCAGCUAGAAUGCCCAGUUCUGUUCUUGAAGUUUCCAAGAAAAUGCUGUUAGAGUCUACUAGGAACCCUACUUCAGCUGCUGUUGAAAAGGAAGCUGGAUGGAUGCUUUUAUCAUCGCUACUGUCUUCCAUGCCUAAACAGGAGCUUGAAGAGGAGGUUUUUGAUAUUCUUUCCCUAUGGGCAUCUGUGUUCAGCGGAAAUCCAGAACACCAUUUUAGUGAUGCAUUAGAUUUUCCAUCUAGUUUAUGUGUAUGGUCUGCUGCGAUGGAUGCAUUGACGGUGUUUAUAAAACGCUUUCUUUCUUCUCUUGAUGUGAAUAAGGGGGUGUUACUUCAGCCAGUGCAACUAUAUCUUAGUAGGGCCCUCUCCUGCAUAUUACAAUUGGUGACUAGAGACAACAGUAAUGCAAAACCCGGAGUGGAUGUAUUAAUCAUCAAGACACUGCAGGCCUAUCAGUCCCUUUCUGACCCAAAUGCAUAUAAAAGUGAUCAUGCUCAUAUUGUUUAUCUUUGUACAGCACCUUUUAGGGAAGCAUCUAAAUUUGAAGAAAGUUCGUGCUUGCGCAUGCUUCUAGACAAGAGAGACGCAUGGCUUGGUCCGUGGAACCCUGGAAGUGAUUGGUUGGAAGAUGAACUUCGUUCAUUCCAAGGGGGGAGUGAUGGCUUAUUGCCUUGUGUUUGGGAACAUGAGCCCCCCACUUUUCCUCAGCCGGAUACAAUAAGCAAAUCCUUGGUAAAUCAAAUGCUUCUCUCUUUUGGAACCAUGUUUGCUUCCCAGGAUAAUACGGGCAUGCUUGCACUUAUUGGUACAGUUGAGAAAUGUCUAAAGGCUGGAAAGAAACAAGCUUGGCAUUCCGCUAAUGUUACUAAUAUAUGUGUUGGGUUACUUGCGGGAUUAAAGGCAUUACUUGCAUUACGUCCUGAGCCCCUAUGUCUGGAAGUUUUCAGUGCCGGACAGUCUAUUUUUCAGAUGAUUUUGGCUGAGGGUGAUAUCAACUCAUCUCAACGUAGAGCACUGUCUGAAUGUCUUGGGUUGCUAGCACGACUUGGGAAUGAUGUCUUAACUGCUAAAUUGACAAGAUCAUUCCUUGACAAUGUAAAUAGCACAGCAGAUUCACAUUACGCUGCUUCGAUUGCCCUUGCUCUUGGUUGCAUUCAUCGCAGGUAGUCAAGAGACUUAAAGGUCUUGAUUCGUUUUGUAUUAGAAUUUUCAUUCUGAAAGAGAAAAGAGUCCGAAAGUGAAGAUUACACCUCGUGGGCAAAACUACCCUUGAGUCUUGCCCAACUACAAAGCUAUCAAUAAUUAUAAAAUUUUCAGAUGCCUUCUCUGUUAUGAGAAUGUCUAUACAUAGUGAAGUGUAACAUAAAAAAAUUAUUGGUGCCCU